AUGGCGAGCCAUUCUUCGAGUGCGAAACACAAAAUGACCGGGCCGGGCUUGUCUCUCAGGAUUACGCCCUCCAACUCCCCCGUUCUGAGACCGGCCAAGUCACCCAACAAACCAGCGCAGCAUCAAUCGACAUUGUCCCUCCAGACCAUCAUUGGUACAACGACGACCUCACCCAAUGGCUUCUCCAGCCACCAACAGAGCAAAUCGUUCGCUCUCUGCGCUGGAUCCGCGGCUGUCCUGUCGGAGCUGGACGACGAGAAUAACAUGAGACAGCGAUUUUUCAAAGCACGUCCCUCCGCGACCAGCAUCAAUCCAGUCACCUCCUUUUAUAGCCAGUCGACUCCUCCAGCCACCCCUGAUGCUAGGGCGAGGUCCCUGUCCAAUCUACGCUCAACCGGAAAUAGCCACAACAACUCUCCAUCUAGUGAGGUGGCAGACACUGGCAGUCCCCGCCCAUGGUCGUCGCGAGAGAGAAUCAAGGCGGUUACCAGUGUCUCAAUUAGUCCCGAUGGGAAUUUCCUUGCGGUGGGAGAGACUGGCUACAAUCCCAGGGCUUUGAUCUUCUCCACGGCGAAAGAUUCCCCGUCCGAUAUCCCCCUCUCGAUUAUCAACGAGCACACGUUUGGAGUUCGUGGCCUUGCAUUUGAUUCCAGCUCUCAGUAUCUGGCUACGCUCGGAGAUGUCAAUGACGGAUUUCUUUUCGUGUGGGCUGUCAAUCCCAAAAAUGGGUCGGCGCGGCUUCACUCGACCAACAAGUGCACUACAUAUGUUCGUGAUAUGUGCUGGAUGGGUCAAGCAUUGAUCACUGCAGGUGUCAGGCAUGUGAAAGUCUGGCGGCUCCCGGAGAUCAGACCCGGAUCGCCAACUAAAUCUCAUUUGCAUGUGGAAUCAACCCCCAGCUCCCCGAAUGUUGCCCCCAAGGCGCUUUCGGGAAGAAAUUGCCUUCUGGGCUCUUUGGGUGACAAUACGUUUACAUGCGUUGCGAGUAUCUCAGAAAAUGAGGCCGUGCUAGGUACCGAUUCAGGGACAUUGUGCUUUUUGAAUGAUAGCGAGGGAAGCCAAAAGCUAUCCUCUGUUGAAUUCGUUGGAUUUACUAUUACUUCCUUGGCCGUCGAUUCAGACCAAGCUUCGGUAUGGAUUGGAGGCCGUGGAAAGAGAAUGCGAAGGUUUUCGUUUGAAUAUUUGCGAUCAUCUUCAGGAUCAGCUCCAUCCUCACCAGGCUCCACUGGGAGGAAUUCGGCCGAGCAAAAGUACAAAGGGCCUUCUAUCGCCUGCAUGGGCUCUCUGUCUUCCCAUCUGGUCACUGUUGACGCAACCAGUGGGAUUCAGCUCUACCCGAUCGAUGCAUUGGAUGAGGAUGGCGAGCAAAGUCAGGCUGAGAAGACAAUACCUGCUCACGGAGAUUCCGUACUAGGCAUUCGUCCACUCCAGACCCCAAACAGCCUGAACGCCGACUUUUACACAUGGUCUUCCAACGGCUCUGUGAAUUUUUGGAAUACCGAAGGAAAAUGCCAAGAGUCCCGAAUUAUCUCCUUUGAGCAGUCUUCAGGGAACAAUGACAACGUGCCAAAUGAAAUGAGAACGCUACAUGCCGUGGAUGACAUGGAAUGCUUUGUUUCGGGCGAUAAGCUUGGUGUCUUAAGGGUUGUUUCAGGGCAAUCAUGGGAAUGCGUCAACGAAGUGCGAGCCCAUGGAGGAGAGAUAACCGACAUUGCUGUGCACUCUAGCCCGGAAUCAGUUUUGGUGGCCAGUUGUGGACGUGAUCGUAUCGUGCAGCUGUUUCAAAAAUGUGAUGACACGAUUCAACUGAUUCAGACGAUGGAUGAUCAUGUCGGAUCCGUGGGACAGCUUCUUUUCAUCAACGAUGGAGAAAAGCUACUUUCGUGUUCCGCUGACCGCACGGUACUUGUCAGGGAACGGGUUACUCGAGAGGCAGAUGGUGCCACAGCAAUUGCCUAUCUGGUAUCUAAAGUCAUUACGCUGAAAUCGUCACCUAUGUCAAUGGCCAUCUCACCCGACGACCCAGACAUCCUGAUCGUUUCCACCAUGGACCGAUGUGUUCACAAAUUCGAUAUCCAUUCUGGUCGGCCCAUCCACUCAUUUAGAGCCACCGAUGUUGAAUCAAGUGACACAGUGGUCAUAAACACCUUGACGGUGGCCGCUGAGACACCAGGACAAAGUCCAAAUUUGCUCAUUGGGGCUUCGAGCACAGACAAGUCAAUUCGCGUGUAUGACCUUGAGCGACAAGUACUUCUUACUGGCGAAUUUGGGCAUACCGAAGGAAUGAGCGCCUUGCUCCUAUUGGAGAACAAACCAGACAACUCAGAAAAACCAAUCAAGCGGACUUUAAUUAGUGCCGGUAUUGACGGAGUUGUCAUGGUGUGGGACUUGUCAGUCCAGCCCCUGCAGGCUCACGAUGUGGUGCAGACCCACGCUCGAGAGGAUGAUGACACGCCCACGAAGGAGGUGACAGCUUUCAAACCUCCUUUGCGCCGCGUUUUGUCUCGGUCUGAACUUGCGGAGUUUCAACGACCGGACCUUUUGGCGGCCAGUCCCACUCCUGCACGUGGUCACUCACCGCCGCUGGUACGCAGGAAGCUGUCCAAGUUUUCACUCACUCCUUCCUCCCUGAAAAGCGGUCGUGUAGCGUCUCCCUCACCGUCUCCUUCCGUGUCGAGCCACCGCUCUCCCACUCCUUCUACGCCACGGGAGCAUUCUCGCAGAUCGCCGUCACCUCCCAGUCCUCGCUCUGGAAGAAGACUUGCACAUACUAGCCACAUUGCUCGGCAACCGUCAUCGGAUCAUCGUCCCCACACUAAACAUUCCAAAAAAAGUGAGUUUGGAAGUCUGGACAUGUCCACUGAGCAGGUGUGCCGCACGCUACGGGCGUAUAGGAAGAAGCUUAACGCGGCCUCUGAGCAACCCAAUGGCCAAAAGGAGCUGGAGCGUGAACUGAACCUCACGCUCCGUGCUAUUAACUCUCGAAGCAAGACUAGCGAUUAUAGUGGAGAGAGUGUAGAGAGUGGAGAGACGGAAACUGACAGUAGCGGCAAAGAAAAUGAAAGGCUGUCAAUUCCCUCUAUCCAUAACCAAACAGUACACUCCCCGCGACGGAUGCCCUCGAAUUCCAGUCUCAACGAAAAGAACCAGGCGCACGUUCAUAGGAGUCAUUCUCUCGAUGCAGACGGCGAGGGAUAA